AGGAAGGUAACAAUCCAGUCAUAUUAACUCGUCCACAUCGACACGCAGUCAAUGCAGUAUGUGAAGUUCAAGAAAGAUUCAAAUCACAACUAGUAGAAGCCGCAAGACGUUCUUUUAUACCAUUAAAUCAAAUAUACAGUGAAAUCGCAACUUUAUACCCUGUAAAUAUAAGCACUGCUGUUCCUUUCGGAAUUAUUGGGCGUCAUAUGAAUAUUGCGCGUAGUAGAUUUGUUCCUGCAAUUAUUAACACGUAUGAUCAAUUAAGACAUACACUAUAUGACCCAAACUUCCGUCUUCUGAGACGUUAUGCUGAUGACAGUAUGAUUGAAGUUGUAAUUGUCAAUAACGACGCCAUUAUUUUAGGUGAUCCUAGAUUUAUCACUUCUUUUGAAUUCGACACAAUUUUUAUCAGUACGACAACGACCGUGAUUCCAGUGAUAAAUAACACACGUCUAUUGACGUACGUUGCUGCUCAGUACAACAACAAUAUAUUUCCAAUAAUAACUAUUCUGUGGUCCGAAAGAAACCAAAUUACUUCUACAGACGUUUUUAACGAAAUCCGUCGGGUAUUUAUAACUGGUGAUUUAGCGGUGAUUUAUGCAGACUUCGAUUUAAGACUUUGUGCUCAAAAUGCUUUUCCAAAUGCACAAGUAAUUGCAACAUACGACAGCUUUUGUCGUAUUAUUCAUCAAAAUGCUCAAAAUUUGGAUAUUAACAUUGGGAACAUUUCGAAUCGCGAAUUUAUUCAACAAGUCAUGAACAUCAUACUUCUACCUGCAGACGAAAUAGACAAUGCUUUUCUUGAGUUAGUUAAUCAUUUACAUCCCAUGGUACGUGAUGAACUCAAUCGACUCAUCAAUUACAUCAACAAUGUGUGGAUUCAAGAAAAUGUUAUGGAUUUAACAAGCUUAUUUAAUACUCCGAUGGGACUCACUAACGUGGGAAUUUUAUUAACUCGAGAUUUUCAGAAUCGUUUAGGUGCAAAUCCAACAAUUUGGGAGUUUUUGAAAAAAUACAUUCUGUAUAUCAAUGCAGCCAAAAGUGAUCUAAGAAAAUUACAAGAAAAUCCUGUAGCAGUCAUUACUCGAUUCCCUCGAGCUCAUCAUUUAUGCAUUGAAAAAUUAUUAUUAGUACGAUUAUGGAAAUUGUUGACACGUCAAGAAAUAACUGCUAAUGAAUUUUUAGAAAGAAUGAUACACCUACAACAAAACUACUUUAACGAUUUAAUAUAUAACUCUGAAUUAUUAAUUGAUGAGCAAUUAGUUAUCAACGAAGUACAAAAUAAUGAAAAUCAAGAAGUUGGUGUUGCAAAUGAAAAUUUAGAAGUCGUAGCCGACGAACCUGGUCAAAACAAUUAUCGCCCGAUGAUUUGUCAACUCUGUAAUGAACAUCCAAUUGGAAUUGUUUGUGUACCCUGCUUACAUGUUCAGAUGUGCUCUGUGUGUUCUCAAUCCGCACAAGAUGCAGCAAAUGCUGAACAUCGAAGACUGCAGUGCCCUUUUUGCAAUCAGCGAGCAACGUUUCAUGAAGGGGAAUUCCGAGAAAAUCCCAAUGGCGAUGAAUUCCCAUUUAUGAUAUGCGAGAUAUGUAAUAUUAAUACUAUUAAUAUUAUUUGUAUCCCGUGUUUACAUAUUUGUGUCUGUCAAAUGUGUUCCAAUGAACGGACUGCUCGGGGAAAUAACAAUUGUCCGACUUGCGAUCAAGAUACAGAAUUUCGACGAGCAUAUUUUCCUUAA